AUGGGUGAGUACGUCAACAUUGAUCUGUCACCCGACAAAUUCAACAAGAUCUACCUCAAUGGAGAAUACGUCGAUGCGAUUUCCAAAGCAACAUAUUCGCUCAAGAACCCCAAAGACAACAGUGUGGUUCUAGAUGGUAUUCCAAUCGCCGGAGAGGAGGACAUCGACCUCGCAGUCAAGUAUGCCGAAGAAGCUUUCAACGGGCCGUGGAGGAGUUUCACAGCGCUCCAGAAGACGGAAUGCUUCAACAGGCUGGCGGCCAUUCUAGAGGAGCAAUUGAUUCCGAUCCUCACAUUGGAUUCCCUCACCUCGGGUAAUCCGGUCUCGCUGAUACCUACCCGGGAGAAGACCUAUAUUAAAAAUGGCUUGUUGUACUAUGCGGGUUGGACGGACAAACAGAAAGGGGACUAUUUCCCCGCUGAUGACGGGUUUGUGAAACUCGUUAGACACGAGCCCCUGGGUGUAUGCGCCGCCAUCUGUCCCUUUAACGCACCCGCCGCAACAUUCCUGGGUAAAGCAGCCGCGGCUCUCGUGACCGGCAAUGUGUUGAUCGCGAAACCCUCUGAGAAAACCCCCUUUGGCACACUCGCCCUCGCCCCGCUGUUCGAACAAGCGGGCUUUCCCAAAGGCGUGAUUCAAGUCGUGACUGGAGCCGGCGACACCGGCGCCAUCUUGGCCCGGCACAUGCGCAUCCGCAAGGUCAGCUUCACCGGCAGCAUCCCGACGGGCAAGAAGAUCCAGGUCGCCGCCGCGCAGAGUAAUCUCAAGCGAGUGACGCUCGAGCUUGGUGGCAAGAGUCCUGCGAUCGUCUUCGACGAUGCGAAUCUCGAGAAUGCGCUCACCUGGACGGUCAAUGCGAUCCUCGCGCGAUCCGGACAGGUCUGCGUCGCGGCGAGUCGGCUGUACGUGCACAAGAAUAUCGCGGACCAGUUCAUUGAGAAAUACGUCGCGCGUCUGAAGGCCGCGGCGGACGAUUUAGGGGAUCCGCAGGACAUGAGUGUCAAACUGGGGCCACUGGUGGAUGAAGGGCAGUUCGAGCGCGUCAAAGCCAUGAUUCAACGCGGGAAGGACGAGGCCGAGCUCGUUGUCGGCGGCGUCCAGCACGGCGAGGCAGGCUGCUAUAUGGAACCGACGGUAUUUCUGAAUCCAAAGCCGGAAGCGGAGAUCUACAAGAAGGAGAUCUUCGGGCCCGUCUCGAUCAUCAAGACGUUCGAGACGGAGGACGAGGUGCUCCGUAUGGCGAAUGAUAGUGAGUAUGGCCUUAUGUCGGGGGUCUUCACUCGCGAUGUCACCCGUGCACUGAGGGUUUCGAGUCUCUUGGAUUCAGGGGUCGUCGGCGUCAAUUGCGUUAGUUAUAUCCAUAUGCAGACUCCGUUUGGUGGGAGGAAGCAGUCUGGUCUGGGCAGGGAGAUGGGUGAGUAUGGCCUCAGGGCUUUCACGGAGCCGAAGACUGUGCUCAUCAAUAUGAAUGCUUGA